AUGGAAACAACCCCCCACGACGCCAAUCCGAUCGAGUUCCGGGGCAUGAAGAGCUACCAGCACGGUCCCCACAUCGCGCGGAUGACUAAUCCCAAGCCAUCAAAGCUCGGCGAAGAGGACAAAUACCUCUCUGAGCUCACAAAACUCAUGGAGAAUGGGCACGUCAUCCUGUGCAAUCGAUGUGGAAAAUCGUCGGAUGGGGUGCGACCCAUCAUCACUUGCGACUAUUGCCCGACUGCCUGGACCCCCCCCCUGGCUAUCCCACCCAACCGGAACCGAGCGUGGAUGUGUCCCAACCAUGUGACUCCCGCUGAUCUGGUUGUCCACAAAGUGGUGGACGGGAAAGUGCAGGUACGGCGUCCACGGCGGCCGCGCAACUUCUCUCUUGUCGACGUGGAAGUCAAACCCACGGACGAGGACGAGAUGGUUUUCAGCGAUGAGUUCUCGGAAGCUCGCCUGCGUUUGGCGCCCGGUGAUCUCAUGCUGGACUUCAUCUCCGCCGUGAAGAGAGACCGCCAGCGCGUGGAACAGGAGUCAAUCGCGCGGUUAACAGCCCGCCUUGUCCAACUGGGAAGCGCGUGGGUGGCUGAGAUGUUGGAGAGGGGUGUGCCUGCGACAGAACAAGAGGUCGCGCAGUUCCAGGGUUUCCUGGAGACCGAAGCACGCCGCCAUGGUGGCCUAAUUGCCGAUUCCGAGGCAGAAGCUGCCAAUGGCCUCCUCCAACUCGGAAGAGUUGCCGGCCCUCCUGGCUCUGAGUCCCGACCCGUCACAUCGGGCCCAGAGUCGAGCCUGCCUUCUGGCUCUGAGGCCCCGCCCGCCACAUCGGGCCCAGAGUCCAGCGCCAAUCCCGAGCCUGGUGAGGCUCGAGCGUCGGUUUCCCGGGGAAGCCGACGACGGUCGAAACGGCCCCGCAGGGCCGAUGAUGAGGAAGAGGAGGAGGGGAGGGGAGAGGGGGUAGGCCGGCGCGCAAGCGUCGUGCCUGAACUGGCAAAAGCCAGUUAUAUAAAGAGGAGGCACUUCAGUCUCCGGUAUAUCCGUUCCUUGGCUACAUGGAAUUGGCCUCUCCAUGUGGUUCGGGAUACCGUGAGCUGA